UUACUCGUAUCGCUUCAUCCCUACUGCAACAGCAUCAAUUGCAAGUUGUCCUAUCGGGAAUUUGUAUUUUGUGUUCACAUGAUGGGUGGGGUUCAGGAAAACUAAAUAUAAAUAUAUAAAAUAUACAAUCUUCAAUGAAUUAAGUUGUAAAGCUUUACCGAGGCGAAGGAUCUGAAGAAGUACGUUUUUAAAGCAGAUUGUAGUUGGCGGUUGGGACGUAGAACUCUGUGCUGAAAGCAAACAAAAUGGGUCAGACCAAGAGCCAGUUUACAGAUGAGGAGCUGCAGGAUUACGAAGAUUUAACAUUCUUUUCGAAGAAAGAGAUACUACUCGCGCACAAAAAAUUUAAAAGCCUUGCACCAGAAAAAGUUGGACACAACAAAAAUGCAAAAUUAUCCAUGAGCAAGAUAUUGCAAUAUCCAGAGCUACGUGUAAAUCCAUUUGGUGAUCGGAUAUGUAAAGUCUUUAGUUCAAGUGAGGAUGGUGAUAUGACAUUUGAAGACUUUUUGGACAUGAUGAAUGUUUUCAGUGAUGCUUGUCCGAAAAAACUUAAAGCAGAGUAUGCUUUCCGCAUUUGGGAUUUUGAUGGCGAUGAUAUGCUAGGUGUUUCAGAUCUGAAGCAAGUUAUUGAAAGACUAUGUGGCCCCGAAAAUAAAUUAGACGACUCCGAUAUGAAAGAGAUUAUACACUGUAUACUCGCCGAAGCUGAUUUCGACGAUGAUGGCGCAUUAUCGUUUCCUGAGUUCGAACAUGUCACUGAUAAAUCUAGAGAUUUUCUUAACUCUUUCCGGAUAAGACUCUAAAUGGGCUCAAAAUACUUGCCAGUAGCGCAGAAACAUUCGAGUAUAAACCAUUAUCUGCUAUUAGAAAGAUAAUGUAUAACGAAGUAUACAUAUCUAUGUAUAAACUUCUAGUUCUUUGUUAAUUUUUUGCACGCAUAAUUGAAUCUCAAAUAUUAAGCCUGUUACAGGUACUUCAGCGUUUGCAGGUCUUAUAGGAUAUAAAGGAAAAGCUGUUUUCGCUACUAAAAACCUUAUGGAAGGUAGCGUACGGGAACAACUUCCUGUAAAAACCUGCAAAUCAUGAAGUAUCUAGAACAGAUUUAUUUUUGAUUUAUUCAUAUCCGUUAGUUUUAAUAGAAGGCGUAUUAAUAUGUUUAUUUAGCUCGAAAAGUCAUUUAUAUAUACAGAUGCGUGCAACUAAUUAGCAACGAAAUUCAAAACGAUAUUGCUUGCAAAUU